AUGAAAGUUUUUCCAGCAGUGAUGUUUUUAGUAACAUUUUGGAGUCUGGAGUGGGAGCCCGUGCUUCCAGAUUCAAUUAUUCACAUCGGGGCGAUCUUUGACGAAUCCGCCAAGAAAGACGACGAGGUGUUCCGCAUGGCGGUGGCAGACCUCAAUCUCAACAACGAGAUCCUAGAGACGGAGAAGAUUACCAUCUCGGUGGAGUUUGUGGACGGCAACAACCCUUUUCAGGCCGUGCAGGAAGCCUGUGAGCUGAUGAACAGGGGGAUCUUGGCACUAGUCAGCUCUAUUGGCUGUAUGUCGGCAGGCUCUCUGCAGACCCUGGCAGACGCCAUGCACAUCCCCCACCUUUUCAUCCAGCGAGCCCCUUCAGGCACCCCUCGCUCCAGCUGCCCGCCCACCAGCCGCGCCCGCCCCGACGACUACACCCUCUUCGUCCGUCCGCCCGUCUACCUCAACGACGUCAUCUUCCAUGUGAUUAUGGAGUACACGUGGCAGAAGUUUAUCAUUUUCUACGACACCGACUACGAUAUCAGGGGGAUCCAGGACUUUCUGGAUAAGACGUCUCAGCAGGGAAUGGAUGUUUCCCUACAGAAAGUGGAGUCCAACAUCAACAUGAUGAUAACGAGCAUGUUUCGCACCAUGAGGGUGGAGGAGCUGCACCGAUACCGCGACACGUUACGCCGCGCCGUGCUCUUCAUGAGCCCGGCCAGCGCGAAGGCCUUCAUUACGGAGGUUGUGGAGACUAACCUGGUGGCAUUUGACUGCCAUUGGAUUAUCAUUAAUGAGGAGAUCUCUGAUAUGGAUGUGCAGGAGUUAGUGAUGAAAUCCAUUGGGAGGUUGACUUUGAUUAGACAGACCUUCCCACUCCCACAGAACACAAGCCAGCGUUGUGUGAGGAAUAACCAUCGCAUCAACACUUCCCUCUGCGACCCCAAAGACCCCAAAGCCCAGACAUUAGAGAUUACGAACCGUUACAUUUAUGACACGGUGCUGCUGCUAGCCAACACCUUCCACAGGAAGCUUGAAGACAGGAAGUGGCACAGCAUGGCUAGUCUCACCUGCAUCCGCAAGAACUCCAAACCUUGGCAGGGUGGUCGCUCCAUGCUGGAGACUGUCAAAAAGGGUGGCGUGAGUGGUCUAACCAGUCUGCUGGAAUUUAACGAAAAUGGGACUAACCCCAACAUUCACUUUGAGAUCCUGGGCACGAACUAUGGAGAAGACAGGGGGAGAGGCGUUAGCAAGCUGGCCACUUGGGACCCUGUGCACGGACUGAACGGAACGCUCACAGACAGGAAGUUGGAGAACAACAUGCGGGGCGUGGUUCUGCGAGUGGUCACUGUAUUGGAGGAGCCAUUUGUAAUGGUGUCAGAGAAUGUCUUGGGAAAGCCAAAGAAGUACCAAGGCUUCUCCAUCGAUGUACUGGAUGCACUGUCCAACUACUUGGGCUUCAAAUAUGAGAUUUAUGUGGCCCCAGACCACAAGUAUGGAAGCCAACAAGCAGACGGUGUUUGGAACGGCCUUAUUGGGGAGCUAGUCUUUAAGAGGGCCGAUGUCGGCCUUUCGGCAUUGACCAUCACACCUGAGCGGGAGAGCGUGGUGGACUUCACCACGCGGUACAUGGACUACUCAGUGGGCGUGUUGCUGAAGAAGGCGGAGCGGACCGUGGAUAUGUUUGCCUGCCUGGCGCCCUUUGACCUGUCUCUCUGGGCUUGUAUCGCCGGCACCGUUCUGUUGGUGGGCACGCUGGUCUACCUGCUCAACUGGCUCAACCCACCACGCCUACCCAUGGGCUCCGUCUCCUCCACCACCCUCUAUAACUCCAUGUGGUUCGUUUACGGAUCCUUCGUUCAGCAAGGUGGAGAGGUUCCAUACACCACUCUAGCCACAAGGAUGAUGAUGGGUGUGUGGUGGCUGUUUGCUCUUAUUGUCAUCUCCUCCUAUACAGCCAAUCUGGCCGCAUUUCUCACCAUCUCGCGCAUCGAGAACUCCAUUCAGUCUCUGCAGGACCUAUCCAAACAAACAGAGCUGCCAUACGGCACGGUGUUGGACUCGGCUGUGUAUGACCAGGUGCGCAGCAAAGCCAUGAACCCUUUCGAACGUGACCCCAUGUACGCUCAAAUGUGGCGCAUGAUCAACCGCACGGGAGGUGCUGACAACAACGUGGAGGACUCCAAAGAGGGUAUCCGAAAGGUGAAGUACGGACGCUUUGCAUUUGUUUGGGACGCAGCUGUUUUGGAGUACGUGGCCAUUAAUGACGAGGACUGCUCCUUCUACACGGUGGGAAACAACGCUGCAGACCGUGGCUACGGCAUCGCAAUGCAACACGGGAGUCCCUACAGAGAUAUCUUCUCUCAAAGGAUCCUGGAGCUGCAGCAGAACGGGGACAUGGACAUCCUGAAACUGAAGUGGUGGCCCAGAGAAGGCUCGUGCGACCUUUACUCUUCGGUGAGCACACGUCAACGAGGCAGCGCUCUGGACAUUCACAGUUUCGCCGGCGUCUUCUGCGUGCUGGCCGCCGGCGUGGUCCUGUCCUGUCUCAUUGCCAUGGUGGAGACGUGGUGGACCCGCCGUAAAGGAUCCAGGGUCCCCUCCAAGGAGGAUGAUAAAGAAAUCGACCUGGAGCACCUUCACCGCCGGGUUAACAGCCUGUGCACGGAGGACGAGAGCCCCCACAAGCAGUUCUCCACCUCCUCCAUUGACCUGACGCCUCUGGACAUGGACUCUCUGCCUGCGGCCCGCCAGGCCCUGGAGCAGAUCAGCGACUUCCGCAACACCCACAUCACCACCACCACCUUCAUCCCCGAGCAGAUCCAGACGCUCAGCCGCAGCCUGUCGGCCAAGGCGGCCGCCGGAUUCGCCUUCGGGGCGGUGCAGGACCACCGGACUGGGGGGCCCUUCCGGCAGCGCGCGCCCAACGGCGGCUUCUUCCGCAGUCCCAUCAAAACUAUGUCCAGCAUACCUUACCAGCCCACCCCGGCCCCCAACUUCAGUUACGGCAACGACCCAGACCGGGGCACAUCCAUAUGA